CCUUAUCAAACACCAAAACAGUACCUACUAAAGCAGUAACUACUAGAGCGAACAGCAUGGCUGAACGAAGAUUCACUAGAGUGACCAGCAAGGAGCAGCUCCUGGCCCUCGCUAAGACUGCCACUGAGGACCUUCCUCAAUCUGCUACUAUUCACAACACCGUGCUGAUGCACACCCGCAACUGGAUCUCCUGGUUAAACUUCUUCGUACUGAAUGACCAGCCAGACUCUCAUGUUCUCAUGUGGCAGAUGAAGAACUCUCCAUCUGAUGUUAGCUUCAGCUGCCGGGAAGACGAAGUUGACCAUCUGAUAAGGGUGUUAAAGAAAACGUCCCAACUUGAUUGGCGGGGACACUUGAAUAUUUACCAUGUCCCUUAUUAUUUGGAGAAGCCAAUGAAGAUGCUGGCUUCAGAACUAGACAUCUCCUUCUUCAGCAAUGGUCAUCAUACGUUCACCUACAACCCUCACCUGGAUGAUGAUCCCCUCAGGUGUGGCCCUGGUUUCUGCGUCCGUCGACUGGGCAAGGCAGGGCUACAGCACUUGCUAAAUAUGAGCCUCUACAGCAAGCACUUACCGCUGGAGCCCAUGUGGAAGAUGACGGAGUACCUGCCUGCCGUCGGGGUUUAUCUUGAUUCAAGUGUUACCGAGGACAGACCUAUUGACCUCCAGCACCUGUCCUACGCUGGAGACGAGGAAAUUCCCGUCUCCUGGGUUUCUUCCACCUUUUACGGGUCAUUGGGUAUGUUGGGAACACACAAGAGCUACAGGAGAAAGGGGCUAGGUAGCUUAAUAAUUACGGUAGUGGCUAGGCUUUAUACUCGCCUGGGCUUCAUCUCUCAUUGCCACGUUGGAGCUAACAAUAUUCCUUCCAAGGCGAUGUUCAAUAAAAUGCCUGCGUGGGAAGACACUCAUUCUGCUACCUGGCUGAAAACUCCUUAGACACUUGA